CUCCUUAACCAUCAUCAAACCACCAGCCAUUUCCUCCGCUGAUCCACCAUGGCAACGCCUGAGCCCGAAACAGAGUUAGCCGGCGGCCGAGAAGCUAACCUAUCACCGUCCACCGUUGUCGCCUACCCGGCCGAUGCGACCUCUGUCUUUCCAAUCACCCUUAAGUUUGAGGAGGUGGUGUACAAGGUGAAGGUUGGAGAAGGAGGGGGGUGGUGGUGGAGGAAGAGAGGGGCGGCGCCGGUCGAGAAGACGAUACUGAAUGGUAUCACCGGAGUUGUGUGUCCAGGGGAGCUGCUGGCCAUGCUCGGGCCCUCGGGCAGUGGCAAGACGACUCUCCUGACAGCGCUCGGAGGGCGCCUCCGCGGGAAGCUCUCCGGCAAGAUCACCUACAACGGGAGCCCGUUCUCUGCCGGGGUGAAGCGGCGCACUGGGUUCGUGGCCCAGGACGACGUGCUGUACCCGCACCUGACGGUGGCGGAGACGCUGCUGUUCACGGCGCUGCUGCGGCUGCCGGCGGCACUGUCGCGGGCGGAGAAGGCCCACCAAGCCCAAGAGGUAGUGGCGGAGCUGGGCCUCGGCCGAGUCGCGCACUCCAUGGUCGGCGGCGCCCGCGGCAUGCGCGGCGUCUCUGGCGGCGAGCGGAAGCGCGUCAGCAUCGGGCUGGAGAUGCUGGUGGACCCCAGCCUGCUACUGCUGGACGAGCCCACCUCGGGGCUCGACUCCACCACCGCCGCGCGCAUCGUCGGCACCCUCCGGCGGCUCGCCGCCGACAAAGGCCGCACCGUCAUCACCACCAUCCACCAGCCAUCCACCCGCCUCUACCGCAUGUUCCACAAAGUGGUGCUCCUCUCCUCCGACGGCGCCGCCAUCUACUACGGCCGCGCCGCCGCCGCCAUCGACUACUUCACCUCCAUCGGCUUCCCCUCCCCCACCGACGGCGUCAACCCCGCCGACCUCUUACUAGAUCUCGCCAACGGAAUUGCGCCGAACUCCAAGUACGCGAUCGAGAAUGGUGACUUCGCGAAUGGUGGCAAUGGCUUGCAGCAGGAGCAAAAGGCCGUCAAGGAGGCACUGAUCAAGGCGUAUGAUCUCAAUAUCGCCGCACAAUUGAAGGCGGAGCUUUGCACGGUAGACCCGAACAAUUACGGGCACACUCGAGAAAUGUCUAGCGCCAUGAAGAGGGAGCCAUGGUGCACGAGUUGGUGGGAACAGUUCAGAGUUUUGCUCAGCCGAGGGCUGAAGGAGAGGCGGUAUGAAGCGUUCAACAAGCUCAGGAUUUUCCAAGUCCUCAGUGUCGCCACUCUCGGUGGUCUCCUAUGGUGGCACACCCCAACUUCUCAUAUCCAAGACAGGACAGCAUUGAUCUUCUUCUUCUCGGUGUUCUGGGGCUUCUUUCCGCUCUACAAUGCUGUGUUCACGUUCCCUCAAGAGCGACCGAUGCUGCGGAAGGAGCAGGCUUCGGGCAUGUACCGACUCUCGUCCUACUUCAUGGCACGCACCGUGGGUGACUUGCCCAUGGAGCUUGCCCUCCCGACCGCCUUCACGUUCAUCAUAUACUGGAUGGGUGGCCUCAAGCCGGAUCCCGUCACCUUCCUGCUCUCCCUUCUCAUAGUCCUCUUCAGUGUUCUCGUUGCGCAGAGCCUAGGCCUCGCGGUAGGAGCAAUACUAAUGGAUGUUAAGCAGGCAACCACCCUUGCCUCAGUCACCACCUUGGUCUUCCUAAUGGCUGGCGGCUACUAUGUCCAACAUAUACCGAGCUUCAUUGUCUGGCUGAAGUACUUGAGCUAUAGUUUCUACUGCUACAAGCUCCUACUAGGGGUCCAGUUCACCGACCGUGAUGCCUACGAGUGCUCCAAGGUAGCGAUGUGCCCAGUGAUGGAGUAUCCGGCCAUCAAAUCAGUGGGGCUCGGUCAUAUGUGGAUCGAUGCGUGCAUCAUGGGGCUAAUGCUCAUUGGCUAUCGGCUAGUCGCAUAUCUCGCAUUACAUCAUCUACAACGCUAGUGAUAAAGAAUAACCAAGACUAUGUCUCGAGAAGAAGCUACCGCGGUGAGUGUUGAAUAACCAUGGAUUCAAGCCUCCCAGAGGAUACAAAAUAACAGACUAAUGCCUACAAGCAUUCUCAACUUUUCGAGAAUUGCCUACUAGUGAAGUUCUACGUUAUACGGUUGGAAAAUGUGGAAAGAACUACUGAUCAAGUUUUGAGAGUAUCAUCUAUAAACAAUAGGCAAAGUAACCGAAAUAAGAUGCCCAGCAUAACUUGUUUCAAUCAAAAGGCAAAGCAUUAAUGAUUCCCUAAAUAAUAUAUAAGCCACAAUUUAUUCAUGUAGGUAUUUUUCAUAA